AUGGAUCGAUCUACUAGUGAAAAAACUUACUGGCGUUGCAUUAAAUAUUCACCAAAUCGCUGUCAUUCUCGCCUACGCACAUGUGUUUUAACACAUAAUAUUCUCAAACAACCUACAGAACACAUAUGCAGAGUUGAUGGUACGACACUACAACUUCGAAAAUUCGAUGAGAAAGUUGCUCAUCGUGCUAUGAAUACUCAAGAAAUACCGGAUACGAUCGUUACCAAUUGUUACAAAGACCUACCUGAUCCAUCAAUUGCUCGUUUAACUGUGCGCGAUAAUAUAAAACGUCGAAUAAGAAUUUUUCGCCAGAAAAAUCAACUAGUAAAAGAACCAAAUGAUCCGAAUUCGCAUCUGUUCCCAUAG